ACGUCACUCUUCAUGAAUUAUUCAUGAGGAGGCAGCGGCCACGGGGAGAACUGGCUGCUGCUGGUUUCCAGACAUAAAUACAAAGCGAAGCCGGUGUUCUGAAAGAGGAACGGUCACAAAGGGAAGCGGAGCUCUCUGAGGUUUAUUCUUCACGCUGAAGACCAAGUGAGUCAGACUCCACCGAAGAGAAGCUCGGACGGCAUGCAAAGUUGUGAAAUUUCCUCAGACAGCACUGAUGAUCCUCUUAGUAGCAUCCUUUGCACUCAUCGGCAACCUCGAAUAGUAGUGAUUGGUGCUGGCUUGGCCGGCCUUGCUGCAACAAAGGUCCUACUGAAAAACGGCUUCACGGAUGUCACAGUCCUAGAGGCGUCUGACCACAUUGGCGGGAGAGUUCAGAGCAUUCAACACGGAAAAGCAACUUUGGAGCUCGGCGCAACCUGGAUCCAUGGUGCCAAUGGGAACCCGGUGUACCACCUGGCAGAGGAGAACGGGCUGCUGGAGCACACCACAGAUGGAGAGAGGAGCGUGGGACGCAUCAGCCUGUACACCAAAAAUGGCGUGGCUCACUACCAGACUAAUGUCGGGAAAAGGAUCCCUAAGGACCUGGUGGAAGAGUUCAGUGACCUGUACAAUGAGGUGUACGAGCUGACUCAGGAGUUCUUCCAGAACGGGAAGCCAGUUUGUGCUGAGAGCCAGAACAGUGUUGGAGUUUUUACGCGAGACUUGGUGCGUAAGAGGAUUAUGCUGGAUCCAGAUGAUUCUGAAAGCACCAAGAAGCUCAAACUGUCUAUGCUUCAGCAGUACCUCAAGGUGGAGAGUUGUGAGAGCAGCUCCCCCAGCAUGGACGAGGUGUCCUUGAGUGAGUUUGGGGAGUGGACGGAGAUUCCUGGUGCACAUUAUGUCAUUCCUGAAGGUUUUAUGAAGAUUGUGGACCUCCUGGCCCAGGACAUCCCAUCCCACACCAUCUGCCUUUGCAAACCAGUGCGCCACAUCCACUGGAACUACUCAACCCAACAUCAGGAGGUUAUUUCUAAGAGCAGCAACACCAAGCGGGACGACAACCACAACGAUAGCAACCAUGAUCGCCGACCUCUCAAUAACCCUCUGAUCCUGGGUCGCCCCAUCUGCGUGGAGUGCGAGGAUGAGGAGUGGAUCAUGGCCGACCACGUGAUCAUUACCACAUCUCUUGGCGUGCUGAAGCAACACCACGCGGCCAUGUUCUCCCCGUCUCUUCCUGAAGACAAGGUGCUCGCCAUCGAGAAGCUGGGCAUCAGCACCACCAACAAGAUAUUCCUAGAGUUUGAGGAGCCCUUCUGGAGUCCAGAGUGCAACAGCAUCCAGUUUGUGUGGGAGGACGAGGCCCAGCUGGAGCAGCUGGCCUACCCCGAAGAGCUGUGGUACAAGAAAAUCUGUAGCUUCGAUGUCCUCUACCCACCUGAGCGCUAUGGCCACAUGCUGAGCGGCUGGAUCUGCGGCCAGGAGGCGCUCUACAUGGAGCGCUGCGACGACGAAACAGUGGCUGAAACCUGCACCAAGCUGCUGAGGCGCUUUACAGGGAACCCCGACAUUCCAAAGCCCAGACGGAUCCUGCGCUCGUCUUGGGGCAACAACCCGUACAUCCGAGGCUCCUACUCCUUCACCAGAGUCGGGUCCAGUGGUAUGGACUGUGAAAGGCUGGCCAUGCCGCUGCCUUAUGCCAACAGCACUAAGGCUCCACCGCUGCAGGUCCUGUUUGCUGGAGAGGCCACCCACAGAAAGUACUAUUCCACUACACACGGUGCUUUGCUCUCAGGGCAGAGAGAGGCCACUCGCCUGAUGGAGAUGUACCAGGACUUGCACAAAGCAGCAACCACAAAGCCUAACAUAAACUGAACCUCUUGACUAGUGAGAAAAGAAAAGAAAACAUUGACUUAAAGCUUUCUAUCUUUCUGAUUAAGGUGUACUUAAAAGAAUAGCUUGGGCAUUAUCACACUGAUGACUGAUGAAUAUCGUUUUUAUCAAACUGUAGAUUUAAUUCAUGUUUUGUUGGAAAUGUUCCUGUUGAAAAGUUGCCAAUGGUGCUGGUAUUUCAUGUUUUUGACUUUCUGUCACCAUGUUUGUUUGUUUUUUAAUCCCUAAGUUAAAAAUUUUUAACCACAUGUGUAAUUUACCUUGUUUUUGUAAGUGCCUUCUGCAUGUACUGUCAUGUUACUUAAAAAGAUGGACAUACUAAAACGACAAUUGUGAAACUUUUAACAGAAUUAAAAAAUUCUAUGAUCAGUCAA